CAACAAUAAUAAUGAUUCAACGCCACCACCAUUAAAGCUAGAGGAACAAGACUUCAAUGACAAUGAUUCGAUCAAAAAUGGCCAAACAAACGAGCCUGAAUUUUGGUCUAAUAAUAAUCCUGAUUGUAAUAUACUAGAAAAUCAUCAAACAAAUGAAGCAGAACCGACGGACAAUUUUUAUUGGGAAAACAUUGAAUGUCGCAGGUUUUCGAUAUUAAAACUUGCAGAAAAGACCGAGAACUUACAUUUAGCAAAUGAGAACAAACAAAAUCAGCAAACUAAAGACUUAUCAAAAGAAAAUCAUUUUAACGAAGAUUUUGGAUUUCAUGAAAGUAAUAUUAAUGACACAAAAAAUGACGAAUGUCUUAAAAGUGAACCAGGGGAAAGGAAAUUAUCAAUCGACGAUUCAUACAAUCAAAAAAUGCUUAAAUCUUUUACUUCUGGGCCUGAUAAUCCAAUUCAAAUGGAUUACGAACCAAUCGAAAGAAAACUUUGUGAAUUACCUGAAAUAUUAAAAAAUAGACCAUUGACGCCAAUAAUAGUUAAUGUUAAUAUAGACGAAAUAAAAGCAUUUAGCGCAAAUUUUGAUAUUGGUCUAUUAAUGUGGAUUAUUAUUAAAGAUGAUACCGCAAGUCAAGAUGUAAUAAUAUCAGAAAAUAUCCUUGAAUCACUUUUUGAAAUGGAUGCUCAAGAAUUUCGAAGAAUUAUUGCAGAGGGUGAAACCAGUCGUAUUGUAAGUUUCAUUAUUAUUGUUGCUUUAUUAGAAUUUAAGAAAGUUAUUAUAUUUGGCAACUUACCAGUUUUAAAAUGUUGCUUAGAAUUUAUACAAAAAAAUAUUGAUUCCAAUAAAAAAAAUACUUUUAUCAAUGAAGAGAUUUUGGUUGUUAUUGAGUUUAGAGGAAUCUACAGAUUUGGAUUUAUUUGA